AUGGUUGGUGGAGGCAUUUUAAGCAGACGUCCUGGAACUCUUUCUGGAGAUGGAAAGCUUCUCCUUUGCCCUUGUGGCCGGCUAGUUAACAUCUAUAGCGCCGUCACCGGCGAGCGAGUAGGUGUGCUCGUCGGCCACACGGAUGAGGUUACGGGCGUUGUGCUGGAUCCUGAGAACGAUGACCAGGCAUAUUCCUGUUCUCUGGACUGCACCGUACGGCUUUGGGAUUACCGGUCGGGUGAGGAGCUGCGGAGGCUGGUGGUUCGGGAGUCCGUCAAGUACAUGGUCAUCCAAAAGGAGCUGGGAGUGGCGUACUUUUCCGUACAGCUACGGGAGGGUGGUGGGCGUGUCAUGCUGUACAAUAUCCGUACCGGCAAGUUUAGCGGCAAUGCGCUCAAGACCCGGUCUGCAGGGCCGCUGGUGCUCAGCCCCGCGGGUACCCUGGCCGCCACUAUUGACCGCCACUCCCUAUUUGUGUGGCGUACGGGAACUGAUGUACACCAGCCCCUCAACCUGCAUCACACCAAGCCCUACACGUGUCUGGCCCUCUCCCCGGACGACUCCCUGAUUGCGGCGGGUGAUGUGAGUGGCCGCAUCCUCCUGUGGCGCUCCUUCGAACACUCCGUACCCGCAGCUCUGCGAGACGGGGAGCACUCGGGCAAGGCACACCCUGCCGUACAGCCCCCUCUAACCACACUGCACUGGCACGCACACCCCGUGGGAGCGCUGGCCUUCUCACCGGACGGCACGUACCUCUUGUCAGGUGGCCAGGAGGGGGUGUUGGUGUUGUGGCAGUUGGACAGCAACCGCCGGACCUUCCUGCCGCGCCUGGGGGGCCCCAUCGUGGGCCUGCACCCCUCGCCUGCUGACCCCGCCAAGCACGUUGUACGGCAGGCCGACAAUAUCGUACGUGUAGUGAACGCGGCGACGAUGAAGGUGGAGAUGUCCGUGGUGGGGCUGCAGCCGCCGCCCGCAUCGUUGUCGCCGCCGCCGGCGGGCGCCGGCGGCGCCGCCGCCGCAGUGGUGGCGUCGGGCUCGCCAGCAGCGGCGGCGAUGCUGGGGCCUGGCGGCGGUGGCAGCGGCGGCGGCGGCGUGCUCCUUCUAUCUUGCGAAAACGCUCAGCUGCAAUUUUACGACUUGUCACGAGACCGGCACAUAAGGCUGUUGCAGGUGGCGCCACGUAAUGCGGUUUCAUUGACGGAGCCGACAGCCGGCGCCGCCGUCGCGGCGCGGGGGACAGGGCCCCCGGUCCCCGUCGAGUCUCCACUGCCUCCGUACGUGUCACUACUGGCGCUUAGCUUCGAUGGCUCUGUUCUGGCGACCGUAGAUGUCAGGCCCGACGCCGGGCCGUACGGCUCCACGGAGGCCUGCCUCAAAUUCUGGGACACCGGAUCCGGCUCUGGUUCCAGAUCCGAAUCCUCGCCAUUCUCUCUUAAUACUCGUGUGGAUGAGCCCCACCGAGACGUCGUGACGUCACUCUCGUACCACCCCCGCCGCCACAUGGCCGUUACAACGGGGGGGUUGGGAACGGACUCGGAAUUUAAAGUAUGGGUUCAAGAGCGGCGACGGCCAGAGAGCAGCGGCGGCGGUGGCAGCCGCCGCCGCCGCCGCCGAGGCCCCAGUGUCGCGGAGACAAGUUGGCGCUGCCGGAGCACAGGCGGGUACAAGGGCUUGCCGCUGGCGGCGGCGACAUUCAGCACUGACGGGAGCGUACUGGCGGUGGCGGCGGGUGCGCGGGUGACGCUAUGGGACGCCGAGAGCAACGCGCUUGCGGCUGUGCUGCCGGCGGCGGAUACGACGGCGGCAGGGGAACCGUCAGCGGCGCCGCCGCUGACGCAGCUUGUUUUUGUCCCCGGGACGCCGCUCCUGGCGGCCGCAUCGCCGUCGUGUCUGGCGGUAUACAACCUGCUGACGGCUGCAGUCCACUGGUGCCUGCCGCUUAACGCCAUUUCCAUCAGCGCCGACGCGGCCUACGGCUUGCUGGCGGUGGCAAUUCCGGUGGCACCUGCGGCGCAACAGCAGGCGGCGGCAGCAGCAGCCGCUGCCGCUGCGCCUACGACGCGGGGCGCCGCGGCGCCCGGCGCCGCUGAUGCCACUGCGAUAGCUGCGGUACCGGCAGCAGCAUCCACGGCAACAGCCGGGAAGGGCGCAGCGCGGCACCAGCCGCCCCGGCCGCCUCCCCCAAGUUGCCACGUGGUCGUGUUUGAUCCUCGGGACGCGACACCUCGCUACCACUGCCACGUGGCUGGGGCCGCACACGUGCACAUCGCCCACCUGCAGGGCCCCGGGGGGACGGUGGCGGCAGCUGGCGGGUUCGAGGCGGUUCAGGGCUGCAAUCCGCUCUUCAUCCUUCGUGACAACCGACAGUAUUCCCUAGCAGCGCUUCCAGCAUCCAAAGCCCUCCAUCUGGAUGCAGUCGGGCUUCAAGGACGAGCAGCGACCCCUCUGGAGCGAGGUCAGCAGCUAUCCGCGUUCGAGGCGGUCUUUGGGCGAACCACGGGUCGGCAAGAGGCUGGUGGACCUGGCGGCGCCGCGCCCAUGGACGUGGACAUGGCUGCAGUUGCCGCCGGGGCAGGGUCCGGCUCGGGCGGCCGACCUCGCUGGGCUCAGCUGUUCGAUGCGCCCUCUCACGUGUUACCCCCUCCCACUGCACUUGCGAGCGCCUUCCUGACGUUACUAACGACGGCGGAUCCGUGA